CGCUUGCUUUCUCUCCCUGUUCUCCCCCUGCUCUCGCCAUCCAGAAGAAACCUUGAUUGUUACAGAUGGAACUAGAUUCAUCAGGCUGAAGACCUGAGUCCCAGUCCUGGGUGUAGGAGCAAAGCACUGCCUGCCUGCUUCAGCAGGGGAGGUGUGUCGGUGGCGGAGGGCUGGUGAAUGAGUCAAUUCCAUGCCUCCUCGGCUGCGUGUCUCUUGUGUUACCUUCUGGCAUGGAUAAGUGCCAGUGGUGGGUCGCUACCGGUUCACCCCGGAUCAGGCGAACCAGUAGUAGUGGCAGUGGAAGGUUCCGCCCACCCGCCCGGACACCAUCAAAUACGCUCUGUGCGAGCAAACUGGUAGGAAAGCUUCACCCAGCUUGUCCGCAGCCAGUGAGGUCCCCUCAGGUGGCCAUGCUGAAUGGAGAGACGAGCAACUCUGCAGCCAGGAAUGUGGUUCGCAGCUCCAGCAUCAGUGGAGAAAUGUACAACAUAGAGAAGAGUAAUGGUGGCAAUUCCGAUUCAGCAAGUCUUUCCUCCACUAAGAAGCGGCGAUCCAGCCUGGGGGCCAAGAUGGUGGCUAUUGUGGGGCUAUCACAGUGGAGCAGGAGUACUAUGCAGCUCAAUCAUCCUGAUGGUGGCUUAAAGAAACUUCGAAGUAACAUUCGUCGCAGCACUGAAACUGGGAUUGCUGUGGAGAUGAGAAACAGGGUCACCCGUCAAGGCAGUCGGGAGUCAACCGAUGGAAGUACUAACAGCAACAGCUCCGAUGGCACAUUUAUUUUCCCCACAACCAAGCUGGGAGUUGAAAGCCAGUUCAGUGACUUCCUAGAUGGUCUUGGACCAGCGCAAAUUGUAGGGCGACAAACACUGGCUACUCCACCAAUGGGUGACGUCCAUGUUGCGAUGAUUGACCGGAACGGACAACUAGAAGUGGAAGUGAUAGAAGCCCGAGACCUCACGCCCAAACUAACAGCCAAAUCUUUUCCUUCCACGUACGUUAAAGUGUAUCUGCUGGAAAAUGGGGCUUGCUUGGCCAAGAAGAAAACAAAGACUGUCAAGAAGAAUUUUGAUCCACUCUACCAGCAGGCCCUUCUGUUUGAUGAGGGCCCUCAGGGUAAAAUGCUACAGGUGAUUGUCUGGGGAGAUUAUGGCCGCAUGGACCACAAGUGCUUCAUGGGGAUGGCUCAGAUUGUCCUAGAUGAGCUGGACCUGUCCAGUGUAGUGACAGGUUGGUAUAAGCUCUUUCCCACUUCCUCAUUGGCAGACUCCACCAUUGGACCCCUUACUCGUCGCCUUUCUCAGUCGUCGCUAGAGAGCUCAAUAAGCCCUUCUUGUCCUUAAAGAAGACAACACUCAACAACAGAGAAUGCCUUGUACUACCACGGCUUCCGGUAGCAUGGUUUGUAAAUAUUCCAUGUCUUUUCCUUCCAUCACCCUUCCUUCUCCUCCUCCUCCUCCUCCUCCUCCAAGAAGAGAAAACUGUUCCCGUGACUUUAAAACAUGUCUGACCCUCCCUCUCUGGGUGGACAAAGUAGAAGAAAUCCAGAAGGUGAUGGAGGAGGAAUUGAAAGGGAAAGAAAAGAAACACGUAUUAAGGGGAAAAAACAACGAUGACAACAACUCCCCAAUAAAAAAACUGCCAGUUUCAAGACUGUUACAUCACCCCAAAGAAAAUGGCCUGUGAAAACGAGUAAACCGUUUCUCAUGUUUUUGAAUCAUCUUAGACAGCAUCUAAACCGUUUAAACCCACUUCAAGAGAGCAUGUUAGGGUUUCUUUCUUUCUCAGUCCUGUUUUCUUUUGGUAACUCUGGAGGAGAAGUUUUGGCUUGUUCUCCUAGUGUUUCUUAAAAAGAACAAAACAAAAGAAGGGGGAAAAAGUGGAAUGCGGCACUGCUAACAUUUUUUUUUUAAGGAAUGUAGCAUUUUCAGACCUUAUGUAGCUUGCCACGUGCUUACGGAUUCCUCUGCAAUAUUUGUACAGUAUGGCCACCUUCCCACCUGGCAGGAGCCGUCAGCAUUUCACUUCCUGCUUAAAUCUUGGGUUUGGAAUCCUGGAGAAGGCAAUUUUGUUUGCAUUGCAUAUCUGGAGAAGAUUAGGAGGAUCUGCCAAAGGUGCGGAAGAAGAGAGGUCUCCAAAGGGUGCAUUUGACUGUUAAGUUCAAAGAAUACUAAGACUCAUGUUUUGCUUUGUCAUGCUUAGAGAAAUUUAAUUGUGUCUCCUCCUUCAGACACUCCUGCUUUAGAUACUGGAUCUUUGAUGCUACUUUAGCAAGGCAUAUGCAAAGGACACUCUUACUGAAAUGGGCCCUUUUGUUCAGUUUUGUCCUCAUUGUGUCUGGACCGAUUUGCAGCCCGAAAGGCAAGAUACCAAACCAACCAAUGUUCAAACAGAAGAUGAAACAUAACAAGAUGAUAUGUACUGGGCCAACAUGGAAGCCCUUCAAAAGAUCAUAGGAGAGCACCUGGAUUUCUCAAAAGGAUGAGUACGGAGUCUCUCCAUUUAUUAACUGUUUUCAGUUUAAUCCAAUCUGGCUGCAAUUGUAAACCAACUAAUUUGUUAAAAAAAAAAAAGCGAACAUUUGAUGGAAUUUGCUUCUGUGUAAACCUGCAUGGGCUGGAUUGUUAGUUGUUUGAAUAUGUGUUUUAUGUAGCAAUCUGGUCUCUCUGUGAUGACCGGUUCCCGUAGCAAAAUUGAGAAUUACAGAAGUUUUUCAUGAAGGUGCCUACUAAAAUUUGUUGCAAAUACUCAGGGGAGAUACUACUGAAAAAUCACAAUUUCUUUAUUGUUCCUGCUAUUUUUUAAAAUUUUCCAUGGACUAUAGGGACAGUAAAAGCUGGCGGAUUGAGUGUCGAAGCGGCAGCAGCCUUGAAAGCUACUUGUUAGUUUCUGAAUACUAAGCCUUGGAAGUGGCUCUUAAAUUGAAAUGCUACGGUUGGCAAAGAACUCACUUUAGCGAUCCACACUCGAUUUUAACCGAAGGCCAAGAAACUGUUUUACUUCUUAGGCAUAUUACAUAAGUAGAAUAAGCAUGGGUUCUUCUGUAACUACAGCUAGGAUGAAACACAAGGGAAGUUCUCGAAAAGAAAAUGAAGGGGAAAUAAAACUGACAGCAUUUAAUUUUCUCCCUUACAACCUGGUUUCACUGCAUCCUAAAUCUGAGUUCGAAUAAAUGCAGUUCACAAAAGAUUUUUUUUUUGUUUGUUUCAAAAAAUGCAAAGCAGGACUAACUCAAAGUUUGCCUCUAAGGGCAAAAAAUGUGGUCAAUCGCUCGGUUGUCUGUUUUACAGAAAACCGAGGUCUGCUUCAAAGUAGAAAAAUAUGGAUUACGAAAACCUUGUGAUGGUUUGUCUCGUUGAGUCAGCACAAUUUGCCCUCUCAGAUACGAUUUUGAGCGAAUAGCAGGACUGUGCCUCCCUCAAAUGAUGGCUCUGAGAUUUGAGGAGCUAUGGUGACAGUUCUUCUAAAGGAUACUGCUUAGCACAACAAUGAUUUAAAAUAUAAGCAAGGAAGGCAGUAAAGAUUUUGUGCAACCGAUGACAAGCUUCUCCUGAAGGGGCUCUCCUUUGAAAAACCGGCAGAAAAUGAGUCCAUGAAGUGCCUGAAGAAAGUACAACCGUCAGUAGAAGCUGGCCCUGGUCCAAGAAGUCCUGCCACAGAAAGAGCAGCUACUGUCAAUGAACUGCAUGAGUCCACUCUUCUUCCGGUUCCUAAAACCAAGAAGAGUCCUUCAAAGACCAACCACAUUCUUGAGACUGAAGUUUUUGCUUAUCCAAGGAUCCUUGCACAUUUCCCUAGAUAGUUGGCAACUCUGCCAGUAUAGAUACCGUCUUCUCUAAAGCAUAGAAGCAUCAUUUGAGCAAUCCCCAGUGCUCCAGACAAUUGCUCUACAGCCCUCAAGCUUGCCAUGAACCCAGAUUCUGGGGUCUCUGAACUUUCCUACCUCGACCUUAGACCACUCUGGAUAUCUGCUUGUAUCAUCUCUUUGGCUUGAUCACCUGGACUUGUUUUGUCUUUUCCAGUGUCUUGAUUGCUGACCCUCAAAACGGUCUGUGCUUGUAAGAUCUUGAAUUGUGUUUCAUCUUAGCUAAGCAGCUCCUGGAAAAUAUUUCAUUGCCAGCUUCAAGCUGUGGUCUACACUGAACAGUGCCCCGGCUUGCUUAGCAAGUAACACUAGUUAUAGGAAUACACCUGGCAUCUUUUGGUGGCAGAUAAGCAAGAGGAUGCCUUAUUUAUCCAUGGAAAGGUCUGUAUAAUAAUGCCCAUGGUGUAAAAGAACAAGGAUCAGACACUGCCACAACUGGAGACAUCUCACCUAGUUUAGAAAAGGCACCAUCCGUCUGAAAGACUGGAACAAGAUAGCAGGUAAAUAGAAAUCAAAUUAAUUCUGUUCCCAUAUAGUGAAGUUAAGGUACUAGAGAUUUCUAAACAGCUUCAGUAUUUUUAUAAUGGUUCAGACAAGAGUGAUACGAUGUGAUCCUAAGAAUAGCAUGCUUGUUAUUGCAGUCAGGCAGAUAUUGAAAGUACAAUUGGACUGGCUAAGACAUUUCAUCUGCUUUUAUAAAUUCAGCACUGGAAGAAAAGAGGUAUGAGAUGUAUGUCCCAACAUAAGAACUACAAAUCUCGAUGCAAUAGGGAAUUAGUCCACUUCCAUCUCAAUAGAAAGUUUUGGAUUUGUCGACCAGCCCAUAAUCAGUUUGAUAAAAGUAUUUUAUUUUAUUUAAAAACAAAAACAACAACAACAAACUAUUAUCACAGCCAGGAACUUACAUUAGAAAGAUGAUGAGGCUUCAAAUAGAGUUCCAUGUCUAAAAACCGCUUCCAAAAACUAAAAUGCAUUUCAUGGGAACCAAAAAAAAAAGCAACUAAUUCCAGGCCAUUAAAGGAGCUUUGGGUUUUUAUUUCAUAAGCAUCCAUCCUCUCUUUUGUGCCAGAGCUGAUGGUAUCUCUCACUCAGAGGAUUUGAUGAGAGCAAAAGUCCCAGUGAGGAAUCAGAAAUGCCUUGCAAUGUGCUAAGAGUUCUCUGGAUCUUGGUUUUUCUAUUUGGGCUGUGAUCUCCAUUUUUUAAAAAAAUGAAUUCUCUGCACAAAAUAAAUAAAUAAAAAACCCCAAUGAUAAAAUGUAAAACAUUUCCUGUUAAAAUGUUAGCUUUUUUUUUUUUCAAAAAUAGGGGAAAAAAUAAUUAUACCCCAAGAUCAUUAUAUUGGCUUCAAAUUGGAUAUAUCCAAUUUGGACAUUUAUAUUUCACAAUCUGCAUUUUGAAGUGGACCACUGACAUUGCCCCAUUUCCAGAUGAUGCUGUUUUUUGUCCUCUAAUAUUGCUUCCUUGUUUCCUGUUUUAUCUGACAGGAAUCACUGAAAUCUUGUUUUAUUUACCUGGCAUAUUUAUAUCCCAUUUUUUGUCCCUCGUGGAAUUCAAAAUGGCAUAUGUAAAUUUGCCAAGCCCCAACAAACCUUUCAUUUUAUCAAAGCGGCUGUUUCACAUACAUUAUUGUCAAGAAAGGGCAGGAAAGUUUAGAAAACAGGUCUUGUUUCCAUUAAAGGUUUGCCUUGGAGCACAAUUUACCAGAAUUAUUGAAUGGAUGGAACCUGAUCCAAAUGAACAAAAAUUUUGGUGAAUUGUACACUUUGAAUUUUAAUCCACAUUAAUUCAGUGCAGAAUAAGAGUUAACAAUAAUAAACUGCCAGCUAAAAUAGAGAAAUGAGCUAAGCAAUAUUGGGAUCCAUAUAGAAUUUGUUGAAAGAUUAAAGAAACAGCUCAGCUUUACAGGAAAAAAAAAUGCCUCUGGACUUUUUCCAGUACAAAAAACAAUUUGAUCCAAUUUACAAUGGAGAUGCACGAUAGAUUCAAUACUGCCAUCUGCCGGUUGGAGAGAUCCCACGAACAUCUUCAGUAAAGACGAGACUGAAAAGGAGCAGCUCAUAUCCUUAAAGCAGCACCUCCCUCCAGGUAAUCCGACUCUGCAGAAAUCUUGACUCAUGCAACCCGAGGCUUCACAUUAAGCAGAGUUAAAGAAUGAACUAAUCGAUCGUUUUUCUGCACAGUCCAUGAACUGAAGUAUAUGAAGAUGGGAACGAUGGCUAAAAUUCUUUUUACCAAACUAUUUCUACUGGAAUGGUAAUUUAAGGGUGCAAGACAAGCUGCCCGAGUGAAGUGCAAAUUGUUGGUUGUAUACCUCAUGAUUUUAUAACUAAUAUGUUGUGAUUUGUUUUGUCUGUUAGUCUAGUUAGUAGAAGCAGCAAGAGAUGGUAAGGGACAGGGAUGGUAGGACUCUAUUAGCACAUCUCUUUUCUUUGUGCCUUCUCCUUCAGCGUGCAAAGGAAUUAUGCGGGAGAGCUUCUCCAGUAUUGGGUAUUUAUUUUAAUAAUGCAUAUCUCACCUUAAAAACCAAAAUCCAAAGUUGCUUCGAAAAUUCAAAGCAGAAAUAAAACAAAAUCAUAGCAAAAACAGCGUUAGACUCUUAAGGACACAGUAUGAAGAGAAUAUAAUAGCAGAACAGCUUAUUGACUUCCAGAUGUUCAAACAAUUAAGUUGGAUCGAUUUUUAUGAGAAUCUUUCCCAUUCUGUACAAUCAUGACUGGAUGUUGCAUUAAUCUGGCUGUUCUGAUGCCUUCCUACCAAAGUUACAUUUCAAAGUGGAAGGGCUACAGAGCUUACACAACUCAUGUGAUUGCCCUUGCACCAGGAUUCAGGAAAAGCAUGCAUAGUUACAAAAGGUAUUUUGAGGACUACUGUUCUCAGGGGACACAAUACUGUUGCACUCUUCAAAAAUGUGGGAUUAAAAUGAGAAUACAAGAUGAUUAAAAUGCAAUAGAGAAAGGGAUCCUGGGCUGAGCUUUUGAAUGUCCCUCACCUGAAAUCAGUUGUUGUUAGUGGAAACUGGGACACCCCCCCCCCACUACAGGAUCAGUUGCCUGUUCUGUAGCUUUUAAAGGGUAAAAAAAAAAUAGUAUAUUUUAAAUAAAAAAAAACCUUUGGAGAUGAUGACUGAGAAAAGAGAUGUGUGUGGAGAUGGUACUGAUUUUAUGUCACUACCCCGUUUCCCUCAAAAUAAGGCAUCCCCUGAUAAUAAGCCCAAUCGGGCUUUUGAGUGCAUGGCAAUAAGGCCAAGCACUUAUUUCAGGGUUCAAAAUAAUAUAAGACAGGGUCUUAUUUUUGGGGAAACACAGUAGUUAGGCGGAGAGAGUAGGAUGUUUGUCUCACUGGACAACCUUGCCUCUGUUUGAGGUUCUUGGGAUGUGCUGAGAUUCUGUCAAUCGUGCUGAUUUGGAAUUCCAGUCCUAAGACACCAAUGGGAUAAGAUAAGUUUGGGGAAGAUUAGACUAACCAUUCCAGUUACUGCUGGUAUGAAGGAUCUGUUAUUUGUAAUUGUGGUAAAGAUGUUAAAGCAAUGUUCUUCUGAUGCCAGAGAACUUCUCACGUGGAGUGUGGGUGCAAUAGGCAGCCUUGAGUUGGACGUAUCUGGCUCACUGGAGAGCAAACCCCUCUGGAUCGUAGCACUUUUGAUGUUGGUGGCCUUGUUGGUGUUUUCCUUUUAAAAUAUAAGGGCUUAUAUGUUUUCAUGUGAACGAUGGAUAGCUUUCUUCUCCCCACCAAUUAGUUCUUCCAAUGCCCUCCUUUCCCCGAAAAAGAAUAUUGAACUUAUUGUUCACUGUGACAUUGUGAAAUUAAUCCCCAGGAGACGGUCAUUAGAAACUGGAGGCAAUGCUACCUCUAAAUUUUGUUUGGCCUGGAGCCAUUCUGGAACGGAACUCUUAGUAGGAGCUUAAGAUGUUAUUUGUAUUUAUUUAUUGGGGUCAUUUAUAUCUAGCCCUUCUCCUAAAAACACGGUUGAUAAGGCAGCAAGCUUUAUCAAAAGCUUUAUAGAAUAAAAUGAAAAUAUCAAUAUGCAGUAGAAGUAAUUUAAACUUGACCUGGAAGCCUAAAUUCAUUGUCCUGUUUGAAAAAGGUCUACCUGACAGGAGGAAUCGAAGACUUCAGCUAUGAUUCAUUUACAUAUUGAAAAUACAUCUUUAGAGCAGCCGUUCAGAACAGAAAGCCUCAAACGAUACAGAAUACAAAUUAGACCAUACAGUAGUUUUGAAAAUAUCAGUUAAGUAACAUCAAUGAAAGGACAAGCUUGGGGGAAAAAAUGGAAUCCGUAGAACUCCUUGAAACCAUUGUACAAAUAGCUUCUAAAAGGAUCGUGAAAAAGAAACCAUGUAUGUAGUAUGGCAAGAUUUAAGUUUAAUACAAGAUUUUAAAAAGUUAUGGGGGCUUCUCUGGUUUUUGUUAGCAAGACUUAAAAUCUGGCUGAUCAUCCCAAAGAUGAUCUGGAUCAGGGGUCUCCAACCUUGGUAACUUUAAGACUUGUGGACUUCAAGUCCCAGCUUUGCUGGCUGAGGAAUUCUGGGAGUUGAAGUCCACAAGUCUUAAAGUUGCCAAGGUUGGAGACCCCUGAUCUGGAUGAUUGAGAAUCUCCACAGACAGUCUUGGUGGUCAGUCAUAUAAAAGGAGAUUUCCCCACAUAGCAAAGACACUAUUCAUUAUGGCUUCUUGGAUUAAAACCAGCAUUCUUGAGCUGAGUUUGAGAAAGUGGCAGGCAAGGUAGAUGGCCCCAUUCUAGAUCCUUGAAGUAGCUUUACUUGCUAAGUUAUCUUCAAGGCUUUUUCUAGUAAUGGGGAUGGGUGGGGGCCUAAGCAUGUUACCCAUCUGACCCAAUUUUAUUUAGAAGCAACUUGUAACUAAACUAAUAAUCUCUGUGUUCCUCUCUGUGAACAGAGUAACCAGGGAUCUUGUCAUGCUGAGGAAUAUCAACAUAUUUGUAGAUCAAGGUUGAACUGUGGAGUCCUUGGUGAGUUUCUGAAUUUAGUUGUUUUCUUGCAGAUAUUUAAUUUAUCUAACUAGGUAACAUCUUCAGUGUUGUUCACUGAAGAUGCUACCUAGUAAGAUAAUGGAACGUCUACAAGAAAGCAACCAAGUUCAGAGUCCACCAGGGCUCCACAGAAGAAUAUGGCAACGGGUGAAGUAAUCCUAGAAAUAAAGGAAUCAUUGCAAAACAGUAAUUGGGUGCGUGGUAAACUUGAUCAAAGCAUAGCUAAGGUUUCUAAAUUAGGGUUUUGUUUAAAGGAUUAAAUCAAGGUUAUCCAAGCCAACCAAUUAUUUCAUUAGACUGCUUUCUUACUUGGCUCCCAGGUUUAUAGCAUGACCUUGGUCUUAAAUAGCAGAUUUAAAUAUGAAUGGGGAUCAGAAAAAGAAUUUCAAAACCUCCAGUCACAUUGAGCACAAGGGGAUGUCUUGCAAUGGGCAGUGGAGAGAAGAGUUACUAAUGGACCAACACACACACACACACACACACACACACACACACACACACACAAUUUUAUACCCAUGCUCUGUAAUGUUUUCUAUGUGAUGUGGUCUUUCCUAAAUGUAAAACUCUUGUAUUUUUCUGUGGAUUUAUAUAUGCAGCAGGACUGACAGCUUUGAGGGUGCACGCUCAAUUUUGUAAAUUAUUCUUGACAAGAUUUUUUUCCCCUCUUUCCAAAGGAGACGAGAUGGAUUUUCAAAAAAAAAAAAAGAAAAAGAAAAAAGCUAAUGUUACUCCAUUUGGCUUGUUAACUGCAUGUACAGUAUUUGGACAGCAAGUAAAGAUAAUUAAAGCCAGUUUUGAAAACUGU